AGGUUUCAGUCGUAAAGGGAAGCGGGAACAAAACCGACUGUGGGGCGGCCCACGGAUUUUUGUUUGUUGUUGCCGGAAUUGUCCUUCAUUCACAUGCAGAACCAGUUUAAUUCAUCAUCGACGCCCAGCACAGGUAGCGGAUCCGCACCGCCGGUGUUCAUCCUCGAUGUUGGCACCCGCACCAUCAAGGCAGGCCUGCAUACCUCCUCUGCGCCGCACCUCACGCCAUCCGUUGUGGGAACGCCCAAGUACCCGCGCUGCCUGCCUAGACCUUCCCCGGCCGUCGUCUCGUCACAGAGCGAUUUGGUGGUCGGACUGGAAGCACGGCGUCAGCGCGGACUGCUGCGCCUCUCCUACCCGGUUCAAAACGGAGGCGCUAUCGGGGACUGGGAAAGCGCGCGGCCCCUGUUACGGCAGAGCGUCCAAAGCGCACUCGCCACAUCGUCGUCUGCGAACGGCGGCGGCGGCAGCGUAGCCCACGCGCUUCUAGGCGACAAGACUGAAGUCAUUUACUCUCUCGUGGAGAGUCCUUUCGCAUCGCGUCCGCAGCGAGCACGACUUGCCGAGGUGCUUUUUGAAUCGCCGGAGAAGAGCACCAGAGUUGGUCCACGCGCGGCGGGCGUGUUUUGCGGUGUCGGGCCGCUUCUCGCCCUCUACGCCACCGGGCAGAUCACCGGUCUUGUGGUGGACGUGGGAGACGGAGGCGUGAGUACUGCAGCGGCGGUGGACGGCUACGUCGUGCCCCUGUGUAUGCAGCACGACGUGAGCGGAGCCUCCGGGUCUGCCAUGACGGCGUAUCUGCGGCGCCUGUUGUACCAGGGUGGCGUACUCGGCCCAGUCGCGGCGGCUGCAGCACGUAGCAACGUCUCUUCCCUUUCCUCCAUCGUUCCAGGACUUGCCUGCUCCUCGCCUCACAACCUGAGUCGAGGGGCAAGUGCGGGCACGGCGCAGGAGCAAGAGCUCGUGUACGACAUCAAGGAAGCGUGUUGCUCUGUGUCCGCGGCUCCCCUCGUGUUUCCUCACGCAACUGCCAGCGCCGCCUCUGCGACCACUCCGACUGUGUUGGAGCUGAACUCGGCGCUCCUCAGCGCAGCUCGACAGGCGCAGCACCUCGCGGUCGAAAACGCGUCCAGCGCCGCCGCCGCCUCUCACUCCUACACACUCCCAGACGGUGGCGCCAUUCACGUGAGCGCUGCCGACGCGGUGCAAGCCGCAGAGGUCUGCUUCUAUCCGGCUCUCCUGGGUCUGGAAGGUCCCGGUGUCGUGGAUGCCGUACUGAACGCCGUGGCGGCCGCCCCUGCGGAUGUGCAGUCGAAGCUGCUUGGCAACAUCGUCCUGACGGGCGGUGCGACGCGCUGCCCUGGGUUUGGCAAGCGCGUUUUCCGCGAACUCCAGCAGCGGGUGGAUGCUGGCGGCGCGACGUCGGGUUUGCGUGGGCAGCGUGUCUGCGUCACCGCGCCGGAGCACCGCGCCCACGCUGGCUGGCUCGGUGCAUGUUUUGUGGCGCAGUUGUCUAGCUUUGUCUCACACAUGGUGGUGACGCGGUCGGCAUACGAGGAGGAAGGCGAGACGGCGUUGGCCAAAAGGGUGCUGACGUAG